CAUCAAAGAAUUGAAUACCCAAGUCAUUGAAGUUACCUAAAUUCGAAUUUAAUAUAAUUAGUGCAGUGGGUGGGGGGUUUCUAUUGUUGUGUGUAGUAUUACAAUGUCUAACCAACAAAGACCAUUUUCAUGGUUCCGGUUGGCUCCUUUCGGUCGCCAAAUGCAACCAACUCCACCACCUACCCCUCGGCCAACAGCAUUUCGAGCUCCUGCUCCACAGCCAUAUAGGCCUCCUGCCCCUCAGCCUCGGCCAACCAUUCGACGACCUGCUGUCACAGCUCCUCCUCCUCCUCCACCAACUGCUCCAGCUCGAGCAUUGUUCCCUGGGAUUACUACUACUCCGCAGCCUGCACCAAGGUCCCCAACACCAUCCACUGCCCCUAGCUCUCCAGCCAAAUCAAUACUUUCUUCUUCACCUACAUCUCCCACAUUUCUGCCAAUCAUUUCCUCUUCCUUCAGCUUAAGGAGCCCUGAAACCAAGACCCCUGCCCCUUAUUCCUCUUCAUUGACAACUAAUUCUCCAUUCCCAAAACCAGCAGCAUCACCACCUAAAACUGCACCUCCAGCUCCUUCACCUGCCACCACCACUGUCACAGCUCCUACUACUUCAAGAAUUGCCAAGCCUUUAAACGAAUUGCCACCAAAGCACUCUAAGAUGAAUGAGAAGUCUGCUAUGGAUAACAAGAAAGUUAGUACUAAAUUUGAAAAAUUACCAAGGAGGUUGGUAACGCUGAUUGGCGAAAAUAAAGGGGCGAUAAUGGUAUUGAAACCAAAUUCCACCAAGAAAUCUUAUACUACUACUACUACUACUAAUGUGUUUGGAGGUAAGUCCCAAAUUGUUGGCAAGAAAGAAGAAGCUAAUACUGCUGAAGGAGAAAUGGGGUCUAAAAAGAAGAAUAAGGAAGAUCAAAAUGACAUGAAUACAAUGGAGAUGGAAGAAUCUACUCUGUUCAUUAACAGUAAUAUACAAGGAGUGAACAAUUCGAUUUUAGACGAUUCAAGUCUCACUCACCAUGAUCCUGGUUUCCAUAUUUUCUUCUCAACGGAUUAAAAUCUCUUUGCUUUGCUAAUUAUUAUAGAUACAAAGAUGAAGGCUUUUCCCUGUUUUCUUGGUGACAUGCAAGCGUAUGAAGUUCAGGUAAUAAUAAUAUGAUGUUUGAGAAAUUUUUUCCAAUUGAUAAUAAACAAAAUUAAAGUGAAGAGGGCGUGGAUUCUGGAUUCUCCAUGUAUGAGUUGCAGUCCACCUUUGAUGUACUAUGUUAUCGGCAUAAUUAAUUUAUGAAUUUCCUUUCAA